GAGAUUUAUUCUUAAUGAAGGAUGAAACAAAGGGGGAUCCAAUAGGUGAGUCAGUAUGUUUGAAACCGAAAAUGUAUUCAGUCCUUCCAGCUGGACAUGAUCCAAAAACUCCUGAAACAGAUGCAGAUUUCGAAAAAGAGUUAGAGGAAGAAGAAUCUAGAAAAUCUCAAGGUAUGAAAGACUGGCAGAAAAAGCAUGGAAUGCAAAAGGCUAAAGGCGUUAAGAAAUGUGUAGUUAAGAGAGAGCUUCGGCAUGAUAAAUUUUUAGAAUGUCUCAGGACUAAAAAGCUAACCCGAUAUGAUAUGUAUGGUCUCCGCAGUUACGAUCACCAAAUAUAUUUAGAACGA